AAACCUACACUGCUGUGCUGCUCCACACUCACUAACAUGACCCUCUUGGCCGCACUUGUCGCUAUCACAUGUCUAGGACAAGUCUCUUCGUUGACUUGCUAUGAAUGCUUUGGACAGUCAGAUAAUAAAGACUGCCUCAAGACUAUCUCAUGUUCUUCUUUUCAAAAACAGUGUCAGGCAACAAUUGUUACUGCUAGUUUUGGAUUGAUCCAUAUCUUCACAAGUAUAAGCAAGUCAUGUACAGGAAUGUGUGAAAACUCCAAAACAAACUUUGGAUUAACGCGGAUGUUAACAUACUGCUGUUCCACAGAUCUUUGUAAUGUCAACAAUUCCACAACUAUUGGGAGUAACCAUUUGGUAAUUCUCUGCUUGGCAGCUCUGGUCUGCUUCUUGCACUUGAGCGAGGAAGUUUAAUGCAAAAAAGAUACGCGCUACUCCCUUAUAAAUUAGAGUCC